AUGGAAAAUAUGUUGGCCCAACCUGCUGAAGGUUUAGAGACACCAAGAUCCAGUACUGAAAUUGUUUCCAAGGUCCUCUCACAAACCAGUGCUGCUUCUACAUUCCUGAAGAAUGCUGGUCUUGAAACACCAGGGUCAAAAUCUGCUGGAUCAGUUGCAAGAGAAGCACAACUUCAGGAACAGCUACAGGCAGAGAAGCCGCGGGCUAAUCUACUUCAACAAGAACUGGACACCUUGAAGAAGAAAGGUGAAGAAAUAGAAGAUGCAUUGGCCAAGACCCAAGAAGUAGUGCUCAGGACCCAGCAGGAGAUGGAGGAGUUCAAGAAGAAACAAGAAGCCAAUGAUCUACUACUUCAGCGCAUCUUGAACAUCAACGCAGGUACCUCUAUAGUUGCCUGUAGUUCCCUGGUGCUGAGCAGGUUGGUUAUGUCACUUGUGAACGAAUUUGUGUGUGAAGUGGUGGUUCCAAUGAUGUGUGUGAACUUGUGGUUCCCCUGUGUUUGGGAACUUUGGUUGUAUGAACAAUAA